AUGCCUUUCCACAAGCUCGUGAAGAACAGCGCGUACUACAGUCGCUUCCAGACCAAGUACAAGCGCCGCCGGCAAGGCAAGACCGACUACUACGCCCGCAAGCGCCUCAUCACCCAGGCCAAGAACAAGUAUGGCGCGCCCAAGUACCGCAUGGUUGUCCGCUUCACCAACCGGGACAUCAUCACUCAGAUCGUGACUGCCGAGAUCUCGGGUGACAAGGUCUUCGCCAGCGCCUACUCUCACGAGCUCAAGCGCUAUGGCAUCAAGCACGGUCUUACCAACUGGGCUGCUGCCUAUGCUACCGGUCUCCUGCUGGCUCGUCGUACCCUGAAGAAGCUUGGUCUGGAUGAGGACUUCAAGGGUGUUGAGGAGCCUGAUGGAGAGUACACUCUGACUGAGGCUGUUGAGACCGACGAGGGCACCCGCCGUCCCUUCAAGGUCUUCCUUGAUGUCGGUCUUGCCCGUACCUCCACAGGUGCCCGUGUCUUUGGUGCCAUGAAGGGUGCCUCUGACGGUGGUCUCUACAUCCCCCACUCGGAGAGCCGUUUCCCUGGCUACGACAUUGAAACCAAGGAGCUCGACUCCGAGGUUCUGCGCAAGUACAUCUUCGGUGGCCACGUUGCGGAGUACAUGGAGACCCUUGCCGACGAUGAUGAGGAGCGCUUCCACUCUCAGUUCCAGAAGUACAUUGAGGACGAGAUCGACGCUGGUGACCUCGAGGACAUCUACGCCGAGGCGCACAAGCAGAUCCGGGAGGACCCGUUCAGGAAGGACCCGGAGGAGGGCCCGAAGAAGUCCAAGGAGGAGUGGAAGGAGGAGAGCAAGAAGUACCGCACGCCCAAGCUGCCUCGCGAGGUCAAGAAGGCUCGUGUGCAGGAGAAGAUCCGCCAACUGGCUGGUUAA